AUGCGUAAAGACCAGCAUGCCCCUCAACUUCUUCUGAGCGGGAAAACUUUUGUGAAGGCCGCGGGCGCGGUGGCAGUGGCUGCGGGCGCGGUGGCUGGAACUGCCACAUCGUGGGAACGUGGCAGUUGGUCUCUGGGUGAAAGUGGGCCACGUCAUCGCUUGCCACUAGAUCAAGGAGGAGGUGAGGGUAAAGCUAUGUACAUAGAUGCUGAGGGAACAUUUCGGCCUCAGCGACUCUUACAGAUAGCAGACAGGUUUGGACUGAAUGGUGAUGAUGUAUUGGAAAAUGUCGCUUAUGCUAGGGCGUAUAACACGGAUCAUCAAACACGGCUUCUGCUUGAAGCAGCUUCAAUGAUGGUUGAUACAAGGUUUGCUCUAAUGAUAAUAGACAGUGCUACUGCUCUCUAUAGGACAGAUUUUUCCGGAAGAGGGGAGCUUUCAGCCCGCCAAAUGCAUUUAGCGAAGUUCCUGAGAAGCCUUCAGAAGUUAGCAGACGAGUUCGGCGUGGCUGUUGUCUUAACAAACCAAGUAGUUUCACAAGUAGAUGGUUCUGCAAUGUUUGCUGGACCACAAACCAAACCUAUUGGAGGGAACAUUAUGGCUCAUGCAACCACAACAAGGUUAGCUCUCAGGAAAGGAAGAGGAGAAGAGCGAAUCUGUAAAGUGAUUAGUUCUCCUUGUUUGGCUGAAGCCGAAGCAAGAUUUCAGGUGUUAGGCGAAGGAGUUUCAGAUGUUAAAGACUAA